GGCGGCGGCUAGAGGGGGGAAAAAGCGCCCGGCGAGCCCCGAGUUUAGCCGCUUGUAGCAGCCCGCGAGCGCAGGGCCCCGGGGGGAGACACCUCGCAGCAGCCCGGUCCCCGGCCUCACCUGCCCGCCACGCUGGCGCACCUGCUGCCCGCCCCGGCCAUGUACAGCAUGCUGGAGGGCGAGCUCAAGAGCCCCCAGCCCGCCCCGGGCGGCGCGGGGGGCCCGGCGGGGGCUGCGGGCAAAGGUGGCGGCGGCGGCGGGGGAGCGAGCGGCGGGGGCGCGGACCAGGACCGGGUGAAGCGGCCCAUGAACGCCUUCAUGGUGUGGUCGCGGGGCCAGCGGCGGAAGAUGGCCCAGGAGAACCCCAAGAUGCACAACUCCGAGAUCAGCAAGCGCCUCGGGGCCGACUGGAAGCUGCUGAGCGACGCCGAGAAGCGGCCCUUCAUCGACGAGGCCAAGCGGCUGCGGGCCGUGCACAUGAAGGAGUAUCCGGAUUACAAAUACCGGCCCCGCCGGAAGACCAAGACCCUGCUGAAGAAGGACAAGUACUCGCUGCCCGGCAACUUGCUGGCCCCCGGCGGGGCCAGCGCCGUCAGCAGCCCCGUCGGGGUGGGCCAGCGCCUGGACACCUACGCCCACAUGAACGGCUGGAGCAACGGGGCGUACUCGCUGAUGCCGGAGCAGCUGGGCUACGGGCAGCACCCGGCCAUGAACAGCCCCCAGCUGCCGCAGAUGCACCGCUACGACAUGAGCGGCCUGCAAUACAGCCCCAUGAUGUCCACGGCCCAGUCCUACAUGAACGCGGCCUCCUCCUACAGCAUGUCCCCCGCCGCCUACGGCCAGCAGCCCGCCACGGCCAUGAGCCUGGGCUCCAUGGGCUCGGUGGUAAAAUCCGAGCCCAGCUCGCCGCCGCCGGCCAUCACCUCCCACUCCCAGCGGGCCUGCCUGGGGGACCUGCGGGAUAUGAUCAGCAUGUAUCUCCCGCCCGGGGGGGAUGCCACAGACCCUUCCAGUCUGCAGGGCAGUCGGUUGCACAGUGUCCACCAGCACUACCAGAGUGCCGGGACGGGGGUCAAUGGCACUGUACCGCUGACUCACAUCUGAGACUGCUCUGCCCUCAACACAACCUCCCCCCGCUCCUGGGACAGCUGGUUGCUCGCUUGAGCGGACUCGGACUCAAUGCAACUCCCCGGGAAGACUUUUUCAAAGGAAGGUUCGAUGUUGCGUGUGUUUUUUGUACAAAAAAAUAAGGGGGGUGUGGACUGGUUUUCUCGAAUAGAGCACAAAUGUCUCCUGGGAAGUUUUGAAACCGCAGCCACUUCUUUCCUGGUUUCUGAUAGGUUGGCUCGAUUUUAUUCUUUUAAAAAAAAAUUGCAAAACCCGUUUUAAAGGUCUUGUCUAUUUCAGUCUGAGUGUAGCUGUGGAAUGGACACGUGGCGGGCUUUCUUCAAGCUCAGAUGUUUACAUUUUUGUUUGUCGCCUCUUUAUUUUUAAGUGCCCCUCUCCCUCCCUCGCCCCGUGUCCUGCUCGAGGUUUUAUCCGAAUCCGUAGCUUCCACGACCUCUCCACCGGGGGGGGGGGG